UUUGCAUAUUAAACUAUAAUUUUUUUGGGGUUUAUAUGUUGAUUAGUUUGAUUUUGGUAGGUUUUGAAAUAAGAAAUGGCAGCUUCAUUGGAAGAUCUUCUAGUAGAAGAUGGAUUCAAAGGAAGAAAAUCUUUCUCAAGGUCAAGAACUUCAUUUAGAUCAGAAAAGUCACCAAGUAUGCCAACUUAUCAUGUUCAACAACAAGUCAAGAAAGAUUUUGUUAGAACAACUCAAAGAUCAAGAUCAGAUGUUGCUCGGUAUAGUUAUAAUAAGCGCGUUGAAUCACCAAGAAUCGACGGUGUUAGGGCAAGAGACAAUCUUGUUGGAAGAUUUGGUGCAAGAGAAUCAAUCACUUCACAUUCAAAUAAUGAGAUUGUUGAGGUUCAAGAUGAAGAUGAAGAUGAAGAAAAUGACAUAUUUUCGGAUGAAGUUAAGGGAAAAAAAGUGUUUGAAAAAAUUCAAAGUAAGAAGUUGAGUCAUGAGAAGGUUGCUCUUGAUGAAGUUGCUAUUCAAGCAAUGGUGUCAAUCUUAAGUGGAUACAUCAAAAGGUUUCUUAAAGAAAAGGAAUUUCGAGUAAUGAUUCGCGGGAGUUGUUUGUCUAUUCUUGAUUUUCUCGAACGAAAAAGAGGUGAGACUGAGAGUAGAGUCAUAUCAACACUUGAGGAAGCCAUUGAUACCAUAGAAAAAUCUGUAGAGGAAUCUUCAAUGAGCACAAAAGAUAUGAAGAAAGUUGUUAUGCAACUUAGUGUUCUUGUGGGAAUGAACACAAAUGAUAACAUAAAAAAAGUGUUAUCAUCUUGUGCUCAUCUCUACCUAAGUGUUAUAUAUAAGUUCCAAAAGAAAGACAGAGUGGCUGCAAAGCAUGUCUUGCAAGUUUUCUGCGAUUCGCCUAGUCAUGCCCGAACCGAGCUCUUGCCCGAAUUAUGGGAUUACCUAUUCUCUCCUCACCUUUCACACUUGAAAAUUUGGUACAAUCAAGAAGCAAAUUCUUUACUUGACACACAAGAAAAGCCAAGAAAAUUGAAGCUUCUUGACAAAAUGUACAACGAAUUAGUUGAUUCGGGUACUUACCAAUUUGCAAUUUACUACAAGGAUUGGCUAACCGAAGGAGUUGAAACCACACCAGUCCCUUCCAUUCUUGCCCCAGUUUUGGUUAGUGAGAGUCAAAAAGGUAAUUCUUCAGAGAUGUCUAGUAGUCCUAAUUCUAAUCCUUUUUCGCCUCAACCAAUGGUUAGUAAGACACUCUAUAAUGCUAUGUUUCGCCGAGCAAGUAAGGCGGUUUCUGAAGAUUUAGAGAUAGAGAAUUCUGAUGAUUCUCCUGUUGUUAAACAUACAUUAACAGAAGUAAGUAAUAGUACUAAUGCUAAUAUUUGCCUUAAGCUUUUUUACUUGGAAAAUUUAGUGUUAGUUUUUGAUAUUGUUAUGACCCUUUUCAGGAUAAAAGAGAAUGAGCUUAUUACACUCAAAAGGCUAGCAAAAUCUGUUUUUGAACCAGACAAUAAUACCAUUGACUUUGCUACUAUUAUUCCUCUUACAAAUAUAAUCAAUGAAAAGCAUGAUUCUUCUGAAGGUUAUAGAAUGACUAUUUCCAUUCUCAUUUAUUUUCGUGUGUUUUCAUUCCUCUCAACCAAACGCACCUUAAUAUUUCUAUAUAGUAUUUUCCCUUUGAAUUUUGAUACUAAAAUAAGUCAAAAUAUAUUUAUUUUUUUCAUAGAAUUUUAUGGGGAUGUUGUUGAAGAAAAAUCAUCAUCUUCUCUCCCAAGUAUUCCUGAAGACUUCAUUUGCCCUCUAACUAGACGAAUAUUCGAAAAUCCCACGAGUAUAGAAACCGGCCAUACAUUUGAGCAAAAAGCCAUCAAAGCUUGGUUUGAUCAAGGAAACAAAACAUGCCCAACAACAGGAAAAGUAUUGGAAUGCAAUGAAGUCCCUUCAACAAACUUAAUACUAAAGCGAGUAAUAGAAAGCUGGAAAACCCAACAUUGUAGGCAUCUCUUCGCUUUAGCUUCUCAAGUAAUCGAAAACUCGGGAACAAAACAAGAAAUUGAAACAACCCUUUUGAUCUUAGAGCAACUUUUUACUAAUUUUGGCGAAGAGGAGCGAACCAACAAUGCUAAACGCCUUAUCUCAAUUGGCGGUUUGCAGUUUCUUAUGCAUCAACUCGAGUAUGGAAGUCUCGAGACAAAAACAUGUUUGAUAAAACUGUUGUCAUGUUGUAUUGAAGUAGAAUCAAGAUGUAGGAAUCAAAUAGCUAGAGAUAUUAGCAAGAAAUGUCUUCUUGAGCUACUUCAUUGCAAGGAUAUUAAGGCGAGAGAAAGCGCGGUUUUGUUGAUCAUUGAACUCAUUUGCCUCAAGAGGAAAAAGGAUGUUAUAGAAUUUUUAAGUGGAUUGGAGAAUGAAAAUGGAGGAUUAGAAGAUACAAUGCAUAUUAUACUUCUUUACCUUCAUAUUUCUCCACCUUUUCAAAGACCUUUAGUUGCUGUGGUUUUGUUAUACUUGGAUCUCUUGGUAGAGCCUUCUAGUAAGUACAGCAUAUAUAGAGAAGAGGCAGUUGAUGCAUUAACAAAUGCACUUGAUCACAGUUUGGCUGAUGAGAAAAUAAGAGAAAAUUGUUGCAGAGCACUUCUUAUGUUAGGGGGUCAAUUUUCUUCCUCUGGAAAAUUAAUGACAGAGACUUGGAUUUUAAACCAAGCAGGGUAUUUCAAAGGGAAUCAACCAGAGAAUGAUGAAGAUAAUUCACUUGUUGAUGAUACAUAUUGUGUGGUACAUUUUCAUCUCACUGAAGAUGAGGAAGAAAAGAAUGAAGAAUGGUUAGGAAAGAUGUGCACAUCAUUGGUUGGUAAUGGAAGAAGGUCAUUUUUAGAAGGGAUUUCAAAGUGUGUUGUUAGAUCAAAAGACAUGGAGGAGUUGGUAUUAGUAAGGGUGUGCCUAAUCACUGUGACAUGGUUGAGCUUUUCAUUAUCUUCUUCAAUCUCAAAUUCUGAGCUUCAAAUCUCAGCCUUCUCACUUCUCAUUUCUAUUCUUAAACAAACUUUGGAAAAUGGUCUCAAAAUUGAACACAAGAUCCUUGCCUCCUCUUCUUUACUCAGUUUCACAAAAAUGCCAGAAUGCAGAGUACUUUUGAUGUCAAUGGCAGAAAAUAUUACAGGUCCUUUGCCAAGCCUUGCUGAAGAGACAUGGACUGCAAAAAUGCUCUAUGCUAUUAUAUCUGGUCAUGAAUUGUAAAAUAUAUUAAUACAAUAUAUAUAACAUAACAAUUAUAAACAUAUAA